AUGACAAGCGACUCUCAUCGCCCUGGUCUACACCCGCUUUCGCAUCUCAAAGCUGGCCCGACGACCUCCAGCUCCAAAUCGACCGCCCGACCUGCAUCUUCGACUGCGCAGUCAUCCCCUCAAACUUUCUCCCGACCACGUCUUUCAAAGUAUAAUUCUAUUCGCGAUGAUAAUUUAGACAAGAUCAACGACAAAACAAUCACAAAACUUAUACGUCGUGUUCUUUGCCCCCAGGCGAACAGCUCUUCCUCCUUGGAGGAGCUUUUACCUCCCCUCACGAGCUCCAACGAUGUAGACCAUCAGCUCUACGCCAUUAUCGCUAUCAUUGUCAAGGAAUUCAUUUAUUCGUGGUAUACGAAGAUAACGUCCGAUCAGAUCUUCGUCAAUGAGCUUCUCCAGGUCAUUGCGCAUUGUACGCGUGCGCUCGAGCAACGGUUGCGACAAACUGAUGUUUCCCAGCUGGUUCUGGAUGAGAUUCCUGCUCUUGUCGAAGCACAUAUAACCUCAUACCGGCUGGCUAAACAACAAUCGACCCCCUCUGGAUUGCCAACAUCGACUCGCACGAUAUAUCAUGCAUUGAACCCACAUCCGGGUCUCUCGCCCAUUCCGGAUCCUGCUCAUCCCCAGAGUAUUGCUGAGCAACAUGAAAAUGAAGCAUCAUACCGACAGUUACUGGUGUACGGGACGCUGGCUGUUCUUCUUCCCACGGAAGACCUUGAAAACAGCUGUCUGCGCACCUUGCUAGGUGACAUUCUGGCGGAUCUCAUCUUGGGAAAAGAAGUGAGUGGAAGAAUAUGCGAGAGAUGGUUCUUGUGGGAGACAAUUGCAAAACUUGUCGAAGUCAGUCAGCAGAAGCCGCGCCAUGACGACAAGAACAAAGCCCAGGGACAGCCAGAGGACCGAUUGAGGAAAUUCGGCUUACUCUCGACUGAGGAAGAAGACCGCGAUUUGUCAUACAUUUCUCAAUCUCGAAUCUCCGUGUGGAUCUGGAGUGUCCUUCAAUACGUCUACGUAACUUUUCUUGCUCUACGUUUUAUUGCGACGGGGUUAUUUCGCGUUGCAUCACGACCUCAAUCCACUACUUCGCGAAUAAAGAAGGCCUAUACUCCAAGCGCGACUGCUAGUCCAGUCAAUCAGCGUCCGGUACUGGACUUUCGGCUGUUUAGCAUGGUGUCGGAGCUAUUGGCAGUGCCCCAACGAAUGCCAUGGUUGGGAGGACUUUUGGCGCUCUUUCAACAUCUGGUACUGGCGGGUCCAGGGAGAUUAGGAGAUGCUGACAGUGUCCUUGAUAGGUUCCUGUAUGAGACCAUUCAGGACUAUGUGUUGACCCCCGCUCUGUUGCCCCGUCUGCUUCUCGCGUCGAGGACGGCGCUUUUUCCAGUAAAUGUUCCUGCGCCGCAGGGAGCGGAGCCUGGUCGAGCAGUUCAGACCCCGUUAUCAAUGCAUCCCCCUACGUCAUCUGCAGCGGAGGGCGGCAAUACCAACAUUACUAACAAAGGGAAUGCGAAUACGUCGUCGGCCGAGAACACUGGCCCAUCAGUACUGGAAAUCGCUGCUAUCAGGCGACAUUGUGCGGUCAGCAUCUUGGCAUUGAUUCCGCAGCCAGUUACGCGGCGAUUAUUUGGUGCUGCACACAAUAGUAGUAAUAAUAACAACCGCCAUACCAUCUCGAUCGAUAAUAACGAUCAACUCAACGGCCACGGCUAUAAUAACGGUUAUAGUGGGCACAAUGGCACUACGAAUGACUCGCAGAAGCGACAAAAGUCAGAGCCAACCGUUGGUGGAUCUGACAAAGAAGAAACGAUCCUCAUUGCGGCCAUUGAGAACGAACUGCUUGAUCUGCUGGAAGAUGAGUACUGUAAUAAGCAUCUUGUGUAUUCGAUUAUUGAGACAGUUCUGGUUAGGCUUGUUCCUGAGUUGGGUGAACGGUCUGUUGGGGAGUUGUUAGAGGAUCGCGGGGUCUUGUUUUCGAGUGUUUGA